AUGAAGAAAGUGAAAAACUUAAAGUUGUCUCUUCCGGAAGAGCUUCUUUGCGAGAUACUCAAAGAACUUCCUGUAAAAAUCUUGCUUAGAUUCAGGUGUGUUUCCAAGCGUUGGUGCGCUAUGAUUGACGAUCUACCUUUUGUUCAGUCACACCAUGAUCACUCCCAGACUCGACCUCACGGCAUCAACAUCCUCGUCCUAUGUCAACGUGGCUCAUCUACUCAAAUCUACUCUACAGAUCCAGAUGGAUCAGGUCCAAUCCUUCCAUUGUUAGAAAUUCCCGAAGUCAAAAGGAGCAAAAAUAUCUGUUUUUCCUUGCAAUCUGUUAAUGGAUUAGUCUGUGUUAGCAGACGCAUAAUAAAUCCUAGCACGAGAGAAUGCAUAACCCUUCCAAAAGUGAAGACAAGUAUACCUUAUGAGUUCGAAGAAGAAGAACUGGGUAGAUUGAGGAUUCAACCGGAAUACUUGUUAGGGUAUGAUCCUGCCACUAAAAAACACAAAGUCCUUAACAUAUGUUAUAUUUUUAUUAGUAAAAGACGCCUGGUCCAGUUCAAGAUCUUGACUCUUGGCACAAACAUGUGGAGAAAUAUUAAUUCUGUCCCAAAUCAAUUAGAGGGACUUGAGAUUUUCAGGGCUCGUUGCAUUGCCGGUGUUAUAUAUUGCUUUGCGCACGCAUUGAAUUCGGAUGGAAUAUUGGCUUUUGAGGUGGGAGACGAGAAUUUUAGGGUCAUGCAACUCCCAGAGGGCGUGACUAAAAGCUUCUGUACAAUAGAAGUUAGAGGGCAUCUGGCUUUGAUAGAUAACGAGAUUCUAGUUUUCAACUUGCUUCUGUGUUUGGAUUUGGAUUUACUACUGUUUGAGUUUGAUCUUUUAGAAGCUUUUCCUCUGUCCUCGGCAUUUAAAAUAGAUCCAGAUGAUUCCUCUGUUUCCCCUCUAUGA